CCGGCUGGGGCUGAGUUUCCCACAAUGCACCGCGGCUCCAUCCAUCCCCUGCACGGGGUCGGUGCCCGCUGAGGCCGUGGGGGGGCUCCAGCGCCCGGCGCUCGCCAUGGCCCCCCCCGCCCUGCGCAGCCUCCUCGUCACCGCCGUGCUCGUCACCUCGGCCACGCAAGGGCUGGCGCGGGCCGGGCUGCCGUUCGGGCUGGCGCGCCGGGAGCUGGCGUGCGAGGGGUACCCGCUGGAGCUGCGCUGCCCCGGCAGCGACGUGGUGCUGGUGGACAGCGCCAACUACGGCCGCACCGACGACAAGAUCUGCGACGCCGACCCCUUCCAGAUGGAGAACGUGCAGUGCUACCUGCGCGAGGCCACGCACAUCAUGGCCCUCAGGUGCAACAACCGGACCCAAUGUGUGGUUGUCGCCGGCUCCGACGCGUUUCCCGAUCCCUGUCCCGGGACCUACAAGUACCUGGAGGUGCAGUACGACUGCGUGCCCUAUAUAGAAGUGGAACAAAAAGUCUUCGUGUGCCCGGGCACGCUGCAGCGCAUCGGCGCCGCCACCUCCAGCCACGAGUCGGCGCAUCAGGCCGGGGCUUGGUGCCGGGACCCGCUGCAGGCGGGGGAGCGGCUCUACGUGCUGCCCUGGCUGCCGUACCGCACCGACACCCUCACCGAGUACGCCUCCUGGCCCGACUUCCAGAGCGGCCGCCACACCACGACCUACCGCCUGCCCCACCGCGUCGACGGCACCGGCUUCGUGGUCUACGACGGCGCCGUCUUCUACAACAAGGAGCGGACGCGCAACGUGGUCAAGUACGACCUGCGCACCCGCAUCAAGAGCGGCGAGACCGUGGUGGGCGCCGCCAACUACCACGACACGUCGCCCUAUCGCUGGGGGGGCAAAACCGACAUCGACCUGGCGGUGGAUGAGGACGGGUUGUGGGUGAUCUACGCCACCGAGGCCAACGGCGGGCGGCUGGUGGUGAGCCAGCUCAACCCCUACACGCUGCGCUUCGAGGGCACGUGGGAGACGGGCUACGACAAGCGGGCGGCCUCCAACGCGUUCAUGGCGUGCGGGGUGCUCUACGUGCUGCGCAGCGUCUACCUGGAGGACGACAGCGAGCGCGCCGGCAACGCCGUGGUGUACGCCUUCGACACGCGGCUGAGCCGCGGGCAGGCGCUGGCCAUGCCCUUCCCCAACCCCUACCAGUACGUGGCCUCGGUGGGCUACAACCCGCGCGACAACCAGCUCUACGUGUGGAACAACCACUUCUUGCUGCGCUACGCGCUCGCCUUCGGGCCCCCCCAGCCCGGCACCG